AUGAAAAUCAAUGUCGACCACGAAAUCCGUCACGAUCCCGAACCAGACGAUGCUGACACAAUCACUAUCAAUGCAAGGGUAUUUGUUGGUGAAGAUGAUUACUUGCCAUUCUCGACAACGUCGUUUGCGAAAGAGUUCAUCGAUGAUGAGAACGACGGGUGUCGAAGCAAAGAAGAGCUGGAAUAUUUCUUGAUGGAGGCAGUAAACGACAACGAUGUUAUUUUAGACGCAAUGCUUAAACUAAUCGUCCGUGUUGACGAAAUAACUUGUGAAUCAAGUAACGAGUAUUCUCCUGGAUGCGCUUUGGAAGUGAGGUUGGAUUUUAUUCCUGAUUAUCUCAUCGUUGAUGAAGACUCUCAGAUUCAAGAAGCAGCUCAAGCCUCGUUCGACGAAGCCAGUAAUAUCCGAGUAAGACCCGCAAGCAAGCUCGCGAUCAAGAAUUUGUCGAGGAAGAUAUGCAAGAAGAAGAAGAUUGUGAAAACAGGAACAAGGGAUAAGGAAAUUUACAACAUGAUUUGCUCUACCGAUGAUCAAAAGUGCACGAUUUGCUUGGAAGAGUUUCACAAUGGAGCAAGACUUGUGACUUUACCUUGUGGACAUGACUUUGACGAUGACUGUAUCGUAAAGUGGUUUGAGAGAAGCCAUGUUUGUCCACUCUGUCGUUACGAGUUGCAAUGUGAAGAAUCAAUGAACUAG